AUGAGGGCAGAGGCGAGCAACGAAGGUUUGUCGAAAGCAAUAAUGGAUGUAUUACUGGCGUCAGAAAUAGGCGAUAGCAAGAAGCUUGAACAGCUCUUGGCCGCUCAAAAUCCAGAGGUCAACUAUAGUAACGAUUCCAAGGAAACUCCACUACUUCUUGCCUGUAAAUUCGACCAUUUCAGUUGCUGUUCGCUUCUCCUUGAGGCAGGAGCGAGCGUCGAUCAAAGCGAUAGUGUUGGCAACAGCCCAUUGCAUUUUGCCAGAGAUUAUAACAUAGUCGCACGUUUGCUUGCACUAGGAGCCGAUCCAGCGGCGAAAAAUGUGAAAGGACGAACACCUUUGCACGAAGCUGCUCUUUGGGGAACCACUGAAGUAUUUAAAACUCUUCUUGAAGAGUUUAUAAACAGGAAGCUCACGGUCGACGUCUCCGACGAGCAAGCAUUUACUCCCUUGCACCUUGCCGUGUUUUCUGAGGUCGAAGAAAACAUCUUAGAAAAGAUAAACCUACUCAUUUCGGCAGGAGCUGGAGUAGAUAAACCGGGUCUCCAUGGUUUCACACCUAUAAGGUUGGCUUGUACGAAUUUUAACUUAAAAGCAAGCAGUGUUUUACAUUUACUAAGAUGUGGCGCGAGCCCUCGCGUUAUCGACGAAUAUGGAAAUAUUUGUUUGCAUGCCAUAUUCAAGAUGAAUCCUUAUUUCUACCCUUCUGAGGAAGAUUCCCUGGAGGUGACAACGAUUCUCGAAGAAUUAGUGAAAUUGGGAUGUGAUGUUAACGUCAAGAACAGAAAUGGCCAAACUGCUGUGCAGUAUGCAGCGUACAGCGCACUUCCAGAGCAGGUGAAGACCCUUCUGGAGUGUGGUGCCGAUCCAUCGAUUGCUGACCAUAUUGGAAGAACACCAUUGCAUAAAAGUAUGUUUAACAGAGACUUUAAAGUUGCUGAGAUUCUCUUGGAGUAUUCAAAGAGCCCUUGCGUGGUUGAUCACUUAGGAAGAAUUCCUCUUCACUAUGCUGCAACUUCUGGCAAGCCUGAAAUUAUCAGUACCAUCAUCCCAGCAAUGUCAUCGCCUCCACAAGGAGUUGAAAAUUUCAUGAACAAGCAAGACAAUUUUGGGAUGACUCCUCUUCAUUAUUUCCUAUUGCAUAAAAGGACUGAAGAGUCAAUUCUAAGUUGUCUUUUGCAACAUGGAGCAGAUGUAAAAAUUGAUCUUCCUUCUGGUGUGACUUGCAUCGAAAUGGCCAGGUACUCCAGGGAUGUUAGCCAGAUCAUUUUCCAGGUAGCCAAUCCAGGAAAGAUUCACCCCUUACCAUUACAUGAAUUCCCUGGCUCCCAAGAGAAUUCCUUUUUAAAGGACUAUCUUCAACCAAUUUGCAUUGUCAGUGAUAGAGACAUUGACCCCGAAACUUUGAGGCCAACUCCAAAUGUCCAAGAGUACCUUGAUCAAAUCUCCUUGUGGACCAUUCCAUCAGAUGAGCAAAUAAACCUUCAGAAUGGCAUAAACUCUUCGAUUGAGAAGUUUGUCAGGCAUCUAUGUGAUGAAAUCGCCAGGAUGGAUCCUAGAUUUGCCUCCAAUGUUCUGCCGAGUGGAAGCACCUAUGAAGGGACAAAACCUGUAACAGAAGCCUCAUUUCUGACAGACUUCGACUAUAUGAUCUGUUUAGAAAGACUUAGCGAAGAGGUCAUUGUUGAGGAAGUACCAGCCGUCGUAGGACACGUUAGGGUUGCGCACAAGCAACCGACAAACCAGUCCAAAUUUAAGGAAUUUUUCUCUGAAGGCUAUCUUGUCGGAGACAGAGUUUCAAAGGCAUUUUGCGAUCUCAUGGUCCUAGUGAUGAACCAACCUAAAAUCUGGCAAGAUGGUGACAUGGAGUGCCCCUGCAUCCCUACUUUGCAGAGUACCACUGGACGUCCAAAUAUAAAGCUUAGUCUAGUUUGGAAGAAAGAUGUUAUGAAUGCAAGAAGCGUCAGCAUUGAUAUAGUUCCAGCGAUUCAGGUCAAAUCUCUGUGGCCAUCAUUUGCAAGACAAGACAGCUCUAUAUUGACCCCCGAUACUCGGGAAUGUCAUGUUGUACUCAAACAACCCGAUGUUGGAUUGAACAGCACAGAACAUUUCGGGAAUCCCGCUCAUCUUCUAAGAGUGACCUUUUCUGUUGCUGAGCGAGAGAUAUUUCUUAAAAUGCCAGAUGUUGUCAAGAGAAGUUGUGUGGUUGCAAAGGUUCUAUCAAGGAGAACAGCAAAAGUUCCAUUCUCAAUGAUUUAUGGAGGUGAGUACGGUACAGCAAAGAUUUUAACAAAAAAUACCUUCUCCAGUUAUGUUCUCAAGACAGCUUUGUUUCAUGAGCUUGAGGCACUCCAUUUGAACGACAGCAACAACUCUACAAACAAGUUGACUUUAAAAACACUUGUAUGUGGGAUAUUUACAAGACUCUCUCAAGCUGCAGGGGAACGCUUUUUACCUAGUUUCUUCGUACCAAGGCACAACCUAUUCCACACGUACAAGGAAGACAGUUGCACCGAAAAAAUCAGGUACUUGAUAGUACAGCUGUUGAACAUAAGUCUGAAAGAGGGUGGUAGAAAAUUGGCUGUCCAGAGCAAAAGUUUCCCAGAGAAAAGGAACACUGAUAUCAUGGCCAAGAGGCACAGGAAAAGUUCAACCAUCCUGGCAAAGCUUGGUACUGACUGGAUAAACUGA